AUGCGCUCUUUUAUCACCCUCUCACUCCUGACCUCAGGAGCUUUUGCAGUCUGGAAUCCGAAGGUUUGCAACAAUGUGGGAGGCUGCAUCUCAGGCCAAACACCGCUACCCGACCCCUUCAAAUGCCCUGAUGGCACACGCUUGGAUCUUCAACAAUCUGUAUCGGUAGACAUCGACACUUGGAGCGGUGAAUAUGACAUCAUCUCCAAAGCUGAGUUUCCAGACCAUUGCCUCUACGGUGCUAAGCCUAGUGAUAAUGACUUAUUUGUUGUUACAACUCUAGACCUUGGCCGAAAGAUGUACUCUUUCACAAGCCAGACGUGCACGGACAAAAACCCUCCAGUCAACUGCUACAGUGCAUUACCUAAUCCUGGCUCAUCUACAAUUUGCUUUAUAGUUGAUAGCAACGGUGAGGAGUGCGCUGCAAACCCCAGCGCGGGUCGAUGUGAGAGAGGAUUGACUUCGCUUAAUAUCCCUGAUCCUUGCCGAGGUUGGAAACUUGGCAUGCCUGAUCAGUCAGUUCGACAAUUUUAGCAGGUACUCCAACAAGCUUGGGUGCUUAGGGUAGCAG